CCAAAAUUGUGUUUCUUCUUAAAUAUUAUUCUGUUUGAACAUAAUAAUCUGUGUUUAUGUUGGGUACAAUAUUUGUUCGAUUCUUCAAAAGAUCGUAUUUGAAAAACACUGUGCAAUUGAAUUCACGUUGAAAUAGUCUCUUCUGAGCUGUCAGAUACUGUCAUUCCUAACUAAAUAGAAUAACCUCUAAUCGCCUCCCACGUAAGAGCAUGAGAGAUUGUAUCAAUUGUUCAUACCCGUGAUAAGAAAAAUCAACCGAAGAUGUUCUCGAGCGGGCCGAAUUACACGAAGCUGAAAACGCAUCUGCGUUUGGCGAUAAACCGGUUGAAAUUACUUGAAAAAAAGAAAACUGAACUUGCACAGAAAGCGCGGAAAGAAAUUGCCGAUUACAUUGCCGCAGGAAAAGUUGAAAGGGCGAAAAUUCGCGUAGAACACAUUAUCAGAGAAGACUACAUGGUUGAGGCGAUGGAACUACUCGAAAUGUAUUGUGAUCUUUUGUUAGCGCGUUUCGGACUUAUUCAACAAAUGAAAAACUUGGACGAAGGUUUAGCAGAAGCUAUUUCCACAAUAAUUUGGGCUGCACCUAGAAUUCAAACCGAUGUUCAAGAAAUCAAAGUUAUUGCCGACAUUUUAACAUCCAAGUAUGGUAAACAGUACACGGAUGCUUGUAGAGAAGAAGCAGUGCACACUAUUUCUGAAAAGUUGAAACACAAGAUGAGUGUACAAUCACCGUCUAAACUUCUUGUUGAGAAAUAUCUUGUGGAAAUUGCAAAGAAUUAUAAUGUUGAAUACGAGCCAGAUCCACAGAUAAUGGCAGAAGGACAAGAUGCUUUGUUAAUAGAUGUUGGAGGUAAUGGGGAAACUAGGAAUAAUUUAGACGCUGCUUCUGGAGGUGGUAUACCACAACCAGUUGGAUUUAUUGGAUUUCCGCAACCUCCACUAUUACCAGAUCCUGCAACUAAUUUCAUAAACUCAGAAAAAGCUCCUAUGGGAUUUAUACCACCAGCAGGGCCUUCAGAAGGUAAAGCUCAAAAUGUUCCUCAUAAUCCUACUGUUUCUUACAACAUUCCUUUGGAUAACUCCAAUGGUAAUAAACCGGAAGAUGAUUUACCUCCACCAUAUGCUUCAUUUCCACCUGAUUUAAACAAGCAGUCUGACCAGAAACCAAAACCACAACCGAGAUCGAAAAUGCCAAUGAAUGAUUUUCAGCUUCCAGAUUUGCCAGCUGUUCCAUCAGAGAAUGAUUUACCCUCAAAUAAUCCAACCACUAGCGAAGACAUUGAUUUUGAUGAUUUAAUGAAACGAUUUGAAGAUUUAAAGAAAAGAAAAUAGUCUUUUAUCUUUAAAAACGUAUAUCGCAUAAAAUAUAUAUGUUAUA